AUGACGUCUGUGGAGUCAGGAGCCGGUGGGAACGAGUUUCCACAUGAAACUACUACUGGCGUAGAUCUUACAGAAAAGCAUGAUGGAGGAGUUAUUAAAGAAAUCAUAAGGGAGGGUGAAGGAGAAGACAGACCUGCGAAGGGAGAUAAGGUCUCAGUACAUUAUGUUGGCACAUUGCUCGAUGGCACUAAAUUCGAUUCCAGCAGAGACAGAGGAGAACAGUUUACAUUUUCUUUGGGAAAAGGACAGGUUAUCAAAGCAUGGGAUAUUGGAGUUGCCUCAAUGAGAAAAGGAGAAGUGGCAAAACUGACUUGCAGAGCAGACUAUGCUUAUGGGGAAGGUGGAUCUCCUCCUAAGAUACCUCCCAAUGCAACACUUGUAUUUGAGGUUGAACUAUUUUCUUGGCAAGGUGAAGAUAUAUCUCCAAAUAAAGACAAUGGUAUUAUUCGUUCUAUUCUAACUGAGGGCGUUGGCCACCAGACUCCAAGUGAUUAUGCAGCGGUUCAGAUAAAUUAUUCUGUCAAGCAUGAACAGCAAGUGUUGCAUGAGAGCAAAGCUGCACAGUUUGUUCUAGGGGAGGUCGAGGAUCCAUACAUUGUCCAAGGUCUGGAGAUUGCUCUGAAGAAAAUGAAGACGAAGGAGCAUUCAAAGUUCACCAUUUCUCCAGCAUAUGCUUUUGGAGCGGAAGGCAAUAAAGAAUUGGGAAUUGGCCCCAAUGCUGUGUUAACAUAUGAUGUUGAGCUCAUCUCUUUUGAAAAGACCAAAAAAGUCUAUGAAAUGGAAACACCUGAAAAAUUAGAGCAGGCAGAAAUCAGGAAAGCAAAAGGAACAGACUUGUUUAAGAAAGGACUGAUUGAAAAGGCACGGGCUAACUAUAACACAGUUCUUGACUACUUGGAUGGUGAAUCAUCAUUAGAAGGUGAAGAAAAGGAGAGAAGGGAUGCUCUCGUUUUGGCAGCACGUCUAAAUUUAGCAGCCUGUGAACUGAAGUUAGGUAAUGAUGCUGAAGCAAUAAAGCACUGCAGUGAGGCAUUGGAAAUUAGUCCUGAUAAUCCCAAGGCCUACUUCAGAAGAGCACAGGCUCAUCAGAAUCGGAAGGAUUUUGAUAAAGCACUAAAAGACUACCAGCAAGUGGAAAUUCUGGAGCCAGAUAACAAAGCUGCAAAGAACCAAAUAAUCGUGUGUAAAAGAAAGUUACAGGAAUUACAUCAGCAGGAGAAAAAAUUGUAUGCAAACAUGUUUAGCAACAUCACGCAGCAGCGUUCGCAGAAAACUGAACCAGAUAAUGGCAGUGUGUUCCGAGAUGGCAUAGGGGAAUGGAGUAAUGAUAUGGCCGCUGGCAUGCUGCCAUUAGACCAAGAAGUUGCAGCCUUUGGUGAUGUUAUGCCAGGUCCAGAUAAUAACACAGGAAAUAACCAUAAAUACUGA